AUGUCCUUUAACAGACCUCAUUAUGGACGGCGAAUAACCACUGAACCUAAUAGUUCCCAUCGCGAGGUAGUGAGUACGAAUAACUCUCUUACCAAACGAAUUCGUCAUCACAAGAACUUGCUACGCCAAUUAACAACUCGAUGGCGUCGUGAAUAUUUGACAAGUUUGCGAGAACAAUCAACAAUUAAAUCGAAGAGUUCCAAAUCGAGGGAAGUUGCGAAGGGAGACGUAGUGAUUAUUAAAGCAGAUUCAACGCCCAGGGCGUUCUGGCGACUAGCAAUAAUCGAAGAGUUGCUUCCUGGAGCCGUCGGAAGGUGAGGGCGGCAAUUUUACGAGUCAGCGGUGAGAAUGGUAAAGUAUAUAUAACGAGAAGAGCUAUUCAACAUCUUGUUCCAAUUGAAGUGGGUGCGUGCGUGGCGGCAAAGGACGAUGAUGUAGAACAAACGGCCGGCAGACAUAUCGACGAAGAGCAACUACCUUCAGAUUCAGCAGCGAAUGGUGGAAGACCAAGACGAACGGCUGCUAUCGUAGGAGAAAUGGCAAGACGACUUAGACAUUAG